GAGAGUGACGUCGAUUUUUCGCAGAACAUAUGUAUCAGCCCAACACUUUAUGAGUAACUGCUAUUGUUUAUCUUACCCAUACUAUGCACUAUGCUUGAAUUUGAACAACUUAUACAAAAUUGAGUUAUGCCAUGUUGGUAUGGUCGCCCCGGCUUUUCCUGUGUUUUGAAGUUGAUGGGCAAUCGAACAUGUCGGAUUCGGGAUUCCGAUUGCAAAACAAGGGGGAAACAGUUUGCGACGGAACGACGCGGCGCAGGUCAGUGGCAAACAUGAUAUCGCCUAAUCCGGGGGUGGAUAAGAAGACGAUGGACCUCAAGACAGACUCGGGGGAAAAGAUGACGACGACAGAAUACUGCAGGAAAUUACAGGAGUGGAUGUGGCAGUACUACGGCGGCUACGCCAGCUGGCUCAGCUGCACGGCGAUGUCCGCCUUUCCCUUGCCGUCCUGCGCUCCGGCGAACGAAGCCCAAGUUGUCCUUCCCUGGGGGGCGCCGCAGCUGCCCGAUGCCCGCGGUCUCCACGGAGAUCAGUUUUCUUACCUACCCCCGAAUCAGUUCGUUGGGGUCCCAUCCGCAGGUCUCCAAACGGGGGAGGUGACAGCUGGGGGUCCCCCUGUGCCCAACACCGCUCCCGCUGUCCCGAGAGCCGCGCAACAGCAGCAGCAAAUUAACAGAAACACUCAACAAGCAGGUCGGGAAUACACGAUUCCUUCUCCUCUGCAAAGAUUUUUCGCAGAAAUGGUGGAUUUCUUCAUUCUUUUCUUCAUAAAGGCCACCAUUAUCCUCAGCGUCAUGCACUUAAGUGGAAUUAAGGACAUUUCCAAAUUUGCCAUGCAUUUAAUUGUGGAAGAAAUAGAUCAGGACACUUCGAUGGAAGACCUACAGCAUAUGAUGCUGGUGGCUCUUGUCUAUAGGGUGCUGGUAUGCCUCUAUGAGAUUAUAUGUAUCUGGGGAGCCGGAGGAGCCACACCUGGGAAGUUCCUUCUUGGCCUUCGUGUUGUUACGUGUGACACCUCGGUCCUGGUGCGACCCAACCGGGUUCUGGUGGUACCUGCAACCAACGUCAAGUUUUCUGCAUCCACAGUGCGAGCCUUAAACAAGAACUUCUCCAUCGCCCUCUUCUUCCCGGCGUUCAUCACUCUGCUCUUCUUCCAGCACAACAGGACCGUUUACGAUAUCGUUGCCGGUACCAUCGUGGUCAAGCGAGGUGGGGCCAGGUGACAGUGUGCGCUGGCAGCCGGGUGUUGGCCUCGUCCCUCGUCUUCCCUUUCGUAUUUAUGUAUUCCAGCAAGAAUGACUGCAUCCUGAGUUGUUUUCCCCCAUUACUGGCUUAAUCUUUGCCUGCUGGAGACUCGGAGGCUUGGUUAGAGUGACCCGGAAGGGAGAAUUUCACCUAGUGCCAGGACUCUGUCAGCACCAACGCAGAUCUGCUGCCUUUUUCAUGCAGAAUUGCAAGUCUCUUUUUCUGUAUUGCAAAGCUGAAUGACACUUUCUGCUAAGAAAAUAUCUAUACAUUCUGCUAUGAAAAUACUUCAGGUAUGAAGAUCUUUAUAUGGAAUGAAAUUAUGGAUUGGGCUGUAUAUCGACUCUUUGGUUAAAUUAUUAGCUGUAGAGGUCGGACACAAAGUUUUAUAAGAGACAAUUGAGAAAUGUCUGAGCUUCUUUUCUAAGGCGGAUGUCACCAACAUUUAAAAUGACACAUAAAUUGAGGUUUUUAUUUAUUUUUUUAAUAAUAUAAGGAGAGAGCAGUAUUUGGUUAUCAGAGCAUGGUAUUGUAUUACCUUGUAAUCUAAAAAAUAGCCUGUUUUAAAAUUCUGCCUGAAGAGAAAUGCUUUCAUUUGGAGUAUCUCAAAACGAUUUUCCAUUUGAUCUUGCUUUCAGGGUAACUGUGAGAGAGAAAAAAGCGUUUAGUCAUUCAGCCACUACACUGGCCCUAUCUGCCAGGUCAGGGCCCAGACGCUGAGCAGAGUCACCUGUUAUCCUGCCCGUUCGUCAGGAUCCUGCCCGCUAUAGAAAUGCGUUGGCCCUCCUCAUCCAGCAUUGUGACUUGUUACAGCAUUGUAAACCGUUAUGAGAGAUGCCUGCCUCUGUCUAAGAGUUAUUUUUGUGCACAUGUCCGCCAACAAUAUAAUAUAAUUUUUUGUUUUUCAUAUUCAGAUACACAUAUGUGGAAAAUAUACUUUCACUGCGUUUUACCAAAUGAAAACAUCGAUAAGCCGGAAAGUUUUAUUCCUCUGAAUUAUAAGAUUUUAUGGAAAGGAGGGUUUGCUUGCAGACUUUUUCGAAGGGUGUAUUAUCAAUACCUGUAUUAUAAGGUCAUCGUAAUAGAUGAAUGGUUGGAAUGACAUGAGAGAAACGUGUUUCUCUGGUGUAUUUACUGAAGUCAGUCAUGUAUUGAAAUGGUUUAUUUGUACAAGACCAUUGUGAUUGUAAGCUUUAUAGUGUUACAGAUAAUCACCCAAUUAAAAACAGCCCGUGUUUUUAUACCAUGGAUGGUGUAGUAAAGCUGAGUCGAGAGUUCCGCAAUGUUUACACCAUCAUAAAUUACCGUUAAGUUUCAGGUUUAAAUAUGCAUAAAAUGAUUAAACCCGACUAAUGAGUGAAACAAUUACAAGAACUCUACCUUUAACAUUUUUUAACAUUUACCUUUAAUAGCACCUUAAUACAGCUUUUUGAGGGAAAAAUGACUAGGGUUAAUUACCAGAUGUUAAACGUACCUUACAAUGGUUUUAUAGAUUGUUAACCAACUUUUAUUAGUGAAAUAAAUGAGUAAGGAAUUGUGUCAA